AUGAGCAUGGACGAUGAGACAGCCAAGAUGGUCGAGGCGACACGGCUCAACAUCGACAACCUGAGGACCUUGGAUGGUGAUAUUCAGUCCGAAGGACAAGUCAUGCAAGCUUAUCAGUGGGGAUUCGUUGUGCUCUUCGGCAUUCUCCUCGUUUCCUCUCUGGGCAUCACCUUGGCAUUUUCUUGGGUUCCGGAACAGCGAUUGGACAGAACCUCAAACCCUGCUGAAUAUUCCGAUAUGGUGGUUGAAAUGGACAAUCUCAUCGAUGAUGAAGAGACCGACGACGGUUUGUGA